GUUCUCCAACGCCUCCUAUCAAUUCCUCUGAAGAAGACUUCCGGUGGUGUUUUAAUGGCGGUGGCAUGGUGAAUUGUACAGAAAUAGACAAAUACUCGCCCCUUUGGUCCGCUCCCAUCGAUUCAGGACAGAUUUCCAUGCAUUUUUGAGCUUGACAGACCCAUCCCCAUACGUGGACUUAGCAACACAAACGCUGCGGUGUCUUUCCGCCCGGCCAUGGCGGCUCACAAACCAGUGGAAUGGGUCCAGGCCGUGAUUACUAGAUUUGAUGAGCAGCUUCCAAUCAAAGUUGGACACCAGAACACUCACACGAAAAUCAGCACAGAGCACAACAAGGAAUGCUUGAUCAACAUUUCAAAGUACAAGUUUUCACUCGUCAUUAGUGGCCUCACGACUAUCCUCAAAAAUGUCAAUAACAUGCGAAUAUUUGGAGAAGCAUCGGAGAAAAACCUCUACCUCUCACAGCUCAUCAUCCUGGAUACAUUGGAAAAGUGCCUGGCUGGGCAAUCCAAAGACUCCCUGCGCCUGGAUGAGACCAUGCUAGUCAAACAACUAUUGCCUGAGAUUUGCCAUUUCAUCCACACGUACCGUGAGGGCCAUCAGCAUGCAGCUGAACUCCGAGCUUCAGCCUCAGCUGUUCUAUUCUCUCUUAGCUGCAACAAUUUCAAUGCUGUUUUCAGCCGAAUUUCCACCAGGCUACAGGAGCUGACGGUGUGCUUGGAGGACAAUGUGGAUGUUCAUGACAUCGAGCUGAUGCAGUACAUUAAUGUGGACUGUUCCAAGCUAAAGAGGCUGCUCCAAGAAACUGUUCUGAAGUUUAAAACGCUUAAAAAGCCUGCACAGCUCGCAGUCAUCAACAGUUUAGAAAAGGCAUUUUGGAACUGGGUUGAAAAUUACCCUGAUGAAUUCACCAUGCUCUACCAACGACCUCAAGCAGAUAUGGCAGAAGCUGCUGAGAAGUUGUUUGACCUGGUGGAUAGUUUUGCGGAGAGCGCUAAAAGGAAGGCUGCAGUGUGGCCACUUCAGAUCAUUCUCUUGAUCCUUUGCCCAGAGAUCACACACACAAUCUCCAAAGACACUGUGGAAGAUAGCAAAGCCAACAAGAAACUGUUUUUGGACAGUUUACGGAAGGCUUUGGCCGGCCAGGGUGGUAGCAAGCAACUGAUGGAGAGCGCUGCUAUCGCCUGUGUAAAACUGUGUAAAGCAUCAACUUACAUUAAUUGGGAGGAUCACUCAACUAUUUUUCUCCUUGUCCAGUCCAUUGUCAUGGAUCUCAAGGCUUUGCUGUUCAACCCAGCAAAACCCUUCUGGAGGGGGGCGGGCAGCCAGAAUGCUGAUGUUGAGCUCAUGAUGGACUGCUUUGUCUCCUGUUUCCGCAUCAACCCUCACAACAACCAGCACUUUAAGGUGUGCUUGGCUUCAUCUUCUCCUUCAACCUUCCACUUUGUCCUGGUCAACUCAUUGCACAGAAUAAUCACCAAUUCUCAUCUGGACUGGUGGCCGAAGAUAGAUGCGGUGUACUGUUACUCUGGAGAACUCCGCUUUAUGUUCUCAGACACCCUCAACCGGGUUGUCCAAAGUACCCAUGCUCCUCUUCGCAUGACACCGAGUUUGACUUUCAAGGGGAAGAUGACAACCAGCCUUAAGUUCAAAGAGAAAACCACCGAACUGGAUACGAGAAGUUACAAGUGCCUCCUGCUUGCUCUGGUCAAACUAAUCCAUGCUGACCCCAAGCUCAUGUUGCAUAACCCUGUGAAGCAAGCUCCAGACAUGCAGAGCAGCACAGCUGAGCUCAUAAUUGGUCUGGUGCAACUAGUGCCUCUCGCCAACACAACCCAACUCUCACAAGAAGCCAUGGAGGCUCUUUUAGUACUGCACCAGCCAGAAUCCAUUGAACAGUGGAAUCCUGAUGCGCCGAUAGAGACUUUCUGGGAUAUCAGUUCACAGGUGCAGUUCCUCAUCUGCCGCAAACUGAUUGGCCAGCAGAUGGUCAAUGGCACCGAAGUUCUCAAGUGGUUGCGAGAGAUCCUCAUUUGCAGGAAUAAAUUUCUGCUCAAGAACAAGGAGUGUGCCACCAUGGGUGGAGGUAUUCCAAUCUGCAGGCAGGCUCAGACCAAGCUUGAAGUGUGUCUCUAUAUGUUCCUGUGGAGUUCAGACACAGAGGCCGUGUUAGUUGCCAUGUCAUGUUUCCGCCACCUUUGUGAAGAGGCUGACAUCCGUAGUGCUGCUGACGAAGUGUCCGUCCAGACCAUCCUGCCCAACUAUGCCACUUUCAGUGAACUUGCCUCCAUAAGCAACAUGAUGGGAACAGGUCGCUCUACAUUGCAAAAGAGAGUCAUGUCCUUGCUCAGGAGGAUCGAGCAUCCCACACUAGGAAACAUUGAGGCUUGGGAGGACACAUAUGCUAAAUGGGACCAAGCAACAAAACAAAUCCUAAAUUUCCCCAAAAACAAGGCAGAUGAUGGGCAGCAGGAGUGGAUCAACAUGACAGGCUUUCUCUGUGCCCUGGGCGGUGUGUGCCUCCAGCAACGCAGCACGCCUGGCCCUGCCACCUAUAGCCCCCCUAUGGGCUCAAUGAGUGAGCGCAAGCAUUCUAUGAUUUCCAUGGGGCCAUGUGAGAUCUCCAACCCCAUGGCCUCAGCCUCCUGCUCCUCAUCAGCUUCGAGUGAGACACCAGUCAGCCGCUUUAUCGAUCGGCUGCUGGCCUUGCUGGUGUGUGGCCAUGACAGAGUUGGCCUUCAUGUCCGUACCAACGUGAAAGACUUGCUGGGGUUGGAGCUUAGCCCUGCCCUUUACCCCAUGCUCUUCAAUAAGUUAAGGAACAGUAUUGGUAAAUUCUUCGACACACAGGGUCCGGUUCCUAUCAAUGACACUAACACCCAAUUUGUGGAGCAGACGAUUGCAAUAAUGAAGAACCUGCUGGAUAACCACACAGAGGGCAGUUCUGAACACUUAGGACAGGCUAGCAUUGAGACCAUGAUGCUUAACCUCGUCAGGUAUGUUCGCAUUCUUGGCAAUAUGGUACAUGCUAUCCAGAUCAAAACCAAGUUGUGCCAGCUAGUAGAGGUCAUGAUGGAGAGAAGAGAUGACCUGUCUUUUUGCCAGGAGAUGAAAUUCAGGAAUAAGAUGGUGGAAUACCUGACUGACUGGGUGAUGGGAACUUCCAAUCAAGCAGCUGAUGAUGACAUUAAGUGUUUGACAAGGGAUCUUGACCAGGCCAGUAUGGAGGCAGUUGUGUCUCUGCUUGCUGGUCUUCCUCUGCAACCUGAGGAGGGAGAUGGAGUCGAGCUAAUGGAGGCCAAAUCACAGCUUUUUCUCAAGUACUUCACCCUUUUUAUGAAUCUGCUCAAUGAUUGCAGUGAGGUAGAGGAUGAGGGUCAGGCAGUGGGUGGAUGCAAGAGGGGGAUGUCACGCCGCCUGGCCUCCCUUCGCCACUGCACUGUCCUGGCCAUGUCCAACCUCCUCAAUGCUAAUGUCGACAGCGGCCUCAUGCAUUCUAUUGGUUUGGGUUACCACAAAGAUCUGCAAACUCGAGCCACAUUCAUGGAAGUGUUGACAAAGAUCUUGCAGCAGGGAACCGAGUUUGACACACUUGCUGAGACAGUGUUGGCUGACCGCUUUGAAAGGCUGGUUGAGCUGGUCACUAUGAUGGGAGACCAGGGAGAACUUCCUAUCGCCAUGGCACUGGCUAAUGUUGUUCCAGGAUCCCAGUGGGAUGAGCUUGCUCGGGUCCUGGUGACGCUGUUCGACUCCCGUCACCUCCUCUACCAAUUACUAUGGAAUAUGUUCUCCAAAGAGGUGGAGCUUGCUGACUCCAUGCAGACCCUUUUUCGGGGAAACAGCCUGGCUAGCAAAAUAAUGACCUUUUGUUUCAAGGUCUAUGGAGCAGCCUACCUGCAGAAGUUACUGGAACCUUUGUUAAAAGGGGUGAUCUCAACCCCUGAACACAUCAGUUUUGAGGUGGACUCCACUCGACUGGAACAAGGUGAGAACUUGGAAGAUAAUCAGAGAAACCUGUUGCAGAUCACUGAACGCUUCUUCCAUGCCAUCAUCGGCUCAUCCAGCGAGUUCCCCCCUCAGCUUCGCAGCGUCUGCCACUGUCUCUACCAGGCUACUUGCCACUCUCUACUGAAUAAGGCAACUGUAAAAGAAAAAAAGGAAAACAAAAAAGCAGUGGUGAGUCAGCGAUUCCCACAGAAUAGUAUUGGUGCAGUGGGCAGCGCCAUGUUUCUGCGAUUUGUAAAUCCAGCUAUUGUAUCCCCAUAUGAGGCUGGCAUCCUGGAGAAAAAGCCUCUUCCUAGAAUCGAACGAGGUCUCAAGCUCAUGUCUAAGAUUUUGCAGAGCAUUGCCAACCAUGUCUUGUUUACAAAGGAAGAGCACAUGAGACCCUUCAAUGAUUUUGUGAAGAACAACUUUGAUUCAGCCCGAAGUUUUUUCUUGGACAUAGCAUCUGACUCUCCACCCAGCGACUCUGUGAACCACAGCCUUACCUUCAUCAGUGACGGUAAUGUGCUCGCCCUCCACCGACUGUUAUGGAACAACCAGGAGAGGAUUGGCCAGUACCUCUCCAGCAACAGAGACCACAAGGCUGUUGGCAGGCGUCCUUUUGACAAAAUGGCAACCUUGCUGGCAUAUCUGGGGCCACCUGAACACAAGCCUGUGGCUGACACUCACUGGUCCAGCCUCAACCUGACCAGUUCCAAAUUUGAAGAAUUCAUGACCAGGCACCAGGUCCAUGAAAAAGAGGAAUUUAAAGCAUUGAAGACUCUCAACAUCUUCUAUCAGGCUGGUACUUCGAAGAACGGCAAUCCAGUCUUCUACUAUGUGGCUCGCAGAUUCAAAACUGGACAGAUCAAUGGAGACCUGCUCAUCUACCAUGUACUCCUCACCCUGAAACCUUAUUACGCCAAACCAUAUGAGAUUGUGGUGGACUUGACUCAUGUAGGCCCAAGCAACCGCUUCAAGACAGAUUUUUUGUCCAAGUGGUUUGUGGUUUUUCCCGGUUUUGCGUAUGAAAACGUCACCGCUGUCUAUGUCUACAACUGCAAUACUUGGGUGCGAGAGUACACAAAAUACCAUGAGCGGCUACUGACUGGUUUAAAGGGGAGUAAGAGGCUCCAGUUCAUCGACUCUCCAGCUAAGCUAGCCGAGCACAUUGAACCUGACCAACAGAAGCUACCUGCUGCCACGCUAACUCUGGAGGAGGAUCUCAAAGUUUUCCAUAAUGCUCUCAAACUGGCUCACAAAGAUACCAAGGUCUCAAUAAAGGUCGGCUCGACAGCGGUACAGGUGACCUCGGCCGAACGGACCCGUGUUCUUGGACAGCCUGUCUUCCUCAAUGAUGUCUACUAUGCCUCAGAAAUUGAGGAGAUAUGUCUGGUAGAUGAGAGCCAGUUCACACUCACCAUGGCCAAUCAGGGCACACCGCUUACUUUCAUGCAUCAGGAAUGUGACGCAAUUGUCCAGUCUAUUAUCCACAUUCGAACGCGAUGGGAGCUAUCGCAGCCUGACUCAAUCCCUCAGCACACCAAGAUCCGACCCAAAGAUGUUCCCGGCACGCUGUUAAAUAUUGCUCUGCUCAACCUGGGCAGCUCUGACCCCAGUCUCAGAUCUGCGGCUUACAAUCUGUUGUGUGCUUUGACUUGCACCUUCAACCUGAAGAUAGAAGGCCAGUUGUUGGAGACAUCAGGCCUCUGCAUUCCAGCCAACAACACUCUUUUCAUCGUCUCUAUCAGUAAGACACUAGCUGCCAAUGAACCCCAUCUGACACUGGAGUUUCUGGAGGAGUGCAUCUCUGGCUUCAGCAAAUCUAGUAUCGAGCUGAAGCACCUUUGUUUGGAGUACAUGACACCCUGGCUGCUAAACCUCGUUCGCUUUUGUAAGCACAAUGAUGAUGCCAAGCGGCAGCGUGUCACUGCCAUUUUAGACAAGCUCAUCACUAUGACCAUCAAUGAAAAGCAAAUGUAUCCAUCCAUUCAAGCUAAGAUCUGGGGCAGCUUGGGCCAGAUUACAGAUUUGUUGGACGUGGUGUUGGACAGCUUUAUCAAAACUAGCGCAACAGGAGGCCUGGGCUCUAUCAAGGCUGAGGUCAUGGCUGAUACUGCUGUGGCUUUGGCAUCGGGAAAUGUUAAAUUGGUCUCCAGUAAGGUCAUUGGUCGAAUGUGCAAGAUCAUCGACAAGACCUGCUUGUCACCAACGCCAACGCUGGAGCAGCACCUGAUGUGGGAUGACAUUGCCAUUCUGGCACGCUACAUGCUAAUGCUUUCUUUCAACAACUCUUUGGAUGUUGCUGCCCACCUGCCAUACCUGUUCCAUGUUGUGACCCUGCUGGUAGCCACUGGGCCCCUGUCCCUCAGGGCUUCUACCCAUGGUUUAGUUAUCAACAUCAUUCAUUCCCUUUGUACUUGCUCGCAGCUUAACUUUAGCGAAGAGACAAAACAAGUGCUGCGCUUGAGCCUGACAGAGUUCUCCUUGCCCAAGUUUUACCUGCUCUUUGGAAUCAGCAAAGUCAAGUCAGCAGCUGUCAUCGCCUUCCGCUCCAGCUACAGAGACCGCUCCUUCUCCCCCGGGUCAUACGAAAGGGAGACUUUUGCUCUUUCGUCCCUGGAGACUGUUACAGAGGCCUUACUAGAAAUCAUGGAGGCUUGUAUGAGGGACAUCCCGUCUUGUAAGUGGUUGGACCAGUGGACAGAGCUUGCACAGAAGUUUGCAUUCCAGUACAACCCAUCUCUCCAGCCCAGAGCCCUCGUGGUGUUUGGUUGCAUCAGUAAGCGGGUCAGCCACGGUCAGAUCAAGCAGAUAAUCCGAAUCCUCAGCAAGGCCAGCCCUCUCCUCAGCAUAGACCGGGGUCUUGAGAGCUGUCUGAAAGGUCCUGAUAAUUACAACAGCCAAGUAUUGAUAGAGGCCACUGUCAUUGCGCUGACCAAGCUGCAGCCUCUUCUCAGCAAGGAGUCUCCUAUGCAUAAAGCUCUGUUUUGGGUGGCAGUAGCAGUCCUUCAAUUGGAUGAAGUAAACCUGUACUCUGCUGGAACUGCUUUGCUGGAGCAGAACCUACACACUCUUGACACAAUGCGUGUCUUCAAUGACAAGAGUCCAGAAGAGGUGUUCAUGGAGAUCAGGCACCCAGUGGAAUGGCAUUGUAAGCAGAUGGAUCACUUUGUAGGCCUCAACUUCAGUGCCAACUUCAACUUUGCACUUGUGGGCCACCUACUCAAAGGUUACAGACAUCCAUCAGCCACCACAGUAGCAAGAACAGUGAGAAUCCUGCACACGCUGCUGGCGCUCAUCAGCAAGCACCUAAAAUGUGACAAGUUUGAAGUCAACACUCAGAGCGUGGCUUAUUUGGCUGCACUUCUUACAGUUUCUGAGGAGGUCCGAAGCCGCUGCAGUCUCAAACACAGGAAGUCGCUACUGAUUUCAGACCUCUCAAUGGACCCUGUACCAAUGGACACCUACUCCAGUCUCAUCAGUGAUCCCAGCUGCAGAACGCUGCGAGAAACUCAACCGUGGACCUCCCCUCAGGUUUCAGAGCGCUACCUUUCCGCUCAUCAUUACCCCACAGUGGGGCAGAUCAGCCCACGUACACGCAAGUCAAUGAGUCUGGACAUGGGUCAGCCUUCACAAGCGACUACAAAGAAGCUUCUGGGUACCAGGAAGAGCUUUGAUCAUCUCAUAUCCGACUCCAAAGCACCAAAGAGAUCUGAGAUGGAAUCCGGAAUGACAACACCGCCUAAAAUGAGGCGGGUUGCCGAAAACGAUUAUGAGAUGGAAACACAAAGAAUUGGAAACUCCCACCUUCGCAAAGUGUCUGUCUCAGAGUCCAAUGUUCUGCUGGAUGAGGAGGUGCUAACCGAUCCUAAGAUCCAGGCUCUCCUUCUCACUGUGCUGGCCACCCAGGUCAAAUACACCACAGAUGACUUUGAUCAGCGAAUUCUUUAUGAGUAUUUGGCUGAAGCUAGCGUUGUCUUCCCAAAGGUUUUUCCAGUUGUUCACAACUUGCUGGACUCGAAGAUCAACACUGUGCUGUCCAUGUGCCAGGACACAAACCUCCUGAACCCUGUACACGGCAUCGUCCAAAGUGUGGUGUAUCAUGAGGAGUCGCCGCCACAGUACCAGCCCUCCUAUUUGCAAAGUUUUGGGUUUAAUGGACUUUGGAGAUUUGCUGGUCCUUUCUCAAAGCAAACCCAAAUUCCAGACUAUGCCGAGCUGAUCGUCAAGUUCCUGGAGGCAUUGAUUGACAGCUACCUGCCAGCAGCUGAGGAGGAGCGAGGGGAGGAGCAGCUGCGGACGCCCACUUCCCCUUAUCCCCCCACCAGCCAGAGCCAGCUCAGCAUCACUGCCAACCUCAACCUGUCGAACUCCAUGACCUCACUGGCCACCUCGCAACACUCACCAGGUGUGGAUAAGGAGAAUGUCCAGUUGUCCCCCAGCUCAGCUCUGUCCAGCGGCGGUCGGACUCGCCACGGCUCGGCAAGCCAGGUCCAGAAGCAACGCAGCUCCGGCAGCUUCAAGAGAACCAGCAUCAAAAAGAUCGUUUGAUGGGCCGUGCAAUCCCUGCAGUCCCCUCCUUCCCUCCUCCUCCUGCUCCUCCUCCUCUUCUUAAACUCCACCCAUCUGCCAAGCCUGGCCUCCCUCAUGCUGCAUAUAACUUUUUACCACAUUUUUACUGUUUGAAAUCCUCCUCCUCCAUCAUAGUUGCUUUUGCGGGACAGGCGAGGCAAUAUUAGCUUACCUCUUGUGCUGCUCGAGAUGAUUUUCGACGGUCAGGACAGGAUCUGGUCAAAGAGAAGCUCAGCUCGUUGGCAGUCCCCAAAGGUCCCGUACAAAACGAUGAUGCUAAUACGAGUCCAGUUUGGACUGAAAAAAGGCUACACGGGGACGCUUCUUGCCCUCUGAAAAAUAUGCGUUCUUUUGGCCAUCCUUUGAUGAAAUGGCAACAUGGACCAAAUGUAAUCUGUAAAACUGGACCCUCCCGCCAGGCCUGCUCGGACGCUGAAGUCAUGUACAUGUUUUGCAGAGACUAAAACAACUUGUCCUGACGUUAAGGAAGAUGUUGACGUUUUCUCCAUGGUGUGCCUUUGUCAGGAUUUUCAGUGUGUACAAUUUGUAAAUGUCAAACCUCGGUGGGGACAAAGAACAGGUACUAAUUACCAAGGUGCAAUGUUGCCAUCACAACUGGCCUCCAGUGAUCGUCAGCUAUACAAUCAUCCAUAUACCCGAUUGCCUGAAAGUAUUUAAUCCUGUACAGCUAGAUAGUGCUACACAAAUACUGUUCGCAAGGAACACAACUUUGUAAAUAGCUCUGAGCGAUGUGUUUAUCUUGCCUAACUUUUUUUUUUUUUUUUUUUUUGGGGUUUUUUGGGCCGCGAUCCGUAUUUUUUUUCCCCCCCAGCAAUGUACACUUGUAAUUUGUUUACAGUACACGGUGACAACAAAAAAUUGUUAGGCAAUAAUCAUCAACUUCUUAUUUGUAUGAUCUAGGGUUACAAUUGGCCCUCUACACAAACACUCAGUAUGCUUCAAACCAACUUGUCAUAAAGCAAAAAAAAAAAAAAGACAUUUCACUGGUAACCUUGCCUUCAGAAUGUGCAAAAUACUGUAGCUAUUUCAUUUAAACUGUGAUGUUGCUCAGCUUCCUAAAGCUGACGUCAUGUUUUGGGGGUUACAGCAGAAUAGUCGACUCAGUUUUGCGCAAAUAGCUUCGAUCUUUCUGCACAUCCCUCGUGAUACUAAUGUUAAACACAUGAAUUUGGGGCAAAUGGUUAAAUGGUCUCUGCAUGUCACCACUGUGUGAAGCGGAAUCUUUUCUUUUAAAAUUGUUUCUGAUUUUAGAAGUAAAGUAAUAGCUGCAUCAAACCCUGAAUCAAUAUAAUUGGAAUGGUGUAAAAAUUGAAAUGAGGGGAAGUGUUGUUUUUUUGUUUUUGUUUUUAUUCUAUGGACUAAAUGCCUCCAAUCUUAAUCUCCAAAACGUGCGAACAAUUUAGCAGAGACUAGGAUUUGACGUCGGAAAAAUAAACAAGCAGUUAAACGAUCAUCUCUUCUCUCAUUCCCACCAUAACAUUGAACAUACUGAUCUCAGUUACUUUUCAAUUUGCUUGCAGUGCUCCCGAAAAGUUCUUAAAAUUGUCGAUUGCCUGCCGCUUAAUCAAAAAAAACGUCCAGAACAAUUUUCACAACACAGUUUUCUUUGAGCCACAUGUAACCAGGUUGUUUUAAGUUUUUGCUUUUGUAUGAAUGAAAACGGUGAGGAUGAUGUGUCCGUAACCUCUUAACCAAGUGGUUGACUUGCACUAAUUUAAAAAUGGUCAUCGGUUAGGAAAGAAAACCUAAACAUGUGGCAUGUUUUAUUUGAUGUUAUGCAAAAUUGUCAGUAGUGUACUAGCCUGAGUUGAGUUUUUAAUGCAGUAUGUGUGACAGCUUGUAAAUACUUUGUGUACACUUUGAGAUGGUAUAUUUACUACACUGUAUAUACAUGUGAUAUUGUAUCAUUUUGUUUUUGUAAAGCAGUUAGGUUCUGUAUAAUAAUAUACAAAUUGAGCUAUUCCAGUGUUAGUAAUAAAAAUGUUUUGCUCUCCAUA